GAGCCGGUGGGACGGCCCGGGUCCUUCCGGGCGGCGCGGAAUAGGAGCGGUGGAUUCGGUCCGCGCCAGGCUGUGCGAACCGGAAACGGGUGCGCGACUGGAGCUAACCCCUCCCUCCCCGGGCCUGGAGAGGACGAAACGGAGGACAAAGUGAGCGCACACAGCCUUCGGUCUGUUGCUAAGAUGGGGUUUCACUCUGCAGCGCAGGCUUAACCUGGGACGCAUCAUGUAGCUUAGGCUGGCCUGGAACUCGGGAAAUUCCUGCCUCAGCAUCCGGAGUUUUGGGUUACAGAAGUGAGGCCGUGCGACCGGCUUGUGCUGCUGCUGCUGGUGGUUGUUUUAUUUGUUUUGAGACAGGGUUUCGGGUACCCCACAUCGGCCUCAAACUCAUGUCGUGGGCCUUUGAUUUGAACUCCUGAUCUUCCUGCCUCCACCUCCAAGUGCUGGACCUCCAGGUUGGAGCUACGACCCCGGCUUCUCCUGCGUAUUUAAGUCUGUCCCUUGAGGUCUGUGUCAUUUAGAGCUAAGCUCUCUGUGAUCUCUUAUUCUCUGCACAUUGACACCCCUACCCCACCCCCGGGGGCCUUUAUGUUUAUUGCCAUCUCCUGCAAGAAGUUUCUCUGGUUAGAGUUAAAAGAUGCACUGAUUUGAGGAUAUAGUCAAAAGAAAGUUCUCCAAAAUAGAGCAACCUGAAGCAGGGAAUGGCAGUAGCCUCAGUGAUUGUCCGAUGCCAUGUUCGCCGGAGUCUGAAGGAAGAGCUUCAGGGGUUCAGAGUUCAAGAAAACAGAAAAGGCCUUGGGCAGGAGCCAUUGUGCAAACAAUUCAGGCAACUGCGCUAUGAGGAAAGCGCAGGACCUCGGGAGGUUUUACACCGACUCCGGGAGCUCUGCCGAGCGUGGCUGCAGCCUGAGACCCACAGCAAGGAGCAGAUCCUGGAGCUGCUGGUGCUGGAGCAGUUCCUGACCAUCCUGCCGGGGGACCUGCGGGCCCAGGUCUGGGAGCAUCACCCAGAGAGUGGGGAGGACCUGGUGGGAAUCCUGGAAGAUUUGCAGCUGGCACGUGGAGAAGCAGCACAACAGAAGCAGCCAGACUGGAGAAAGGAACAGAAUCUGCAGGUGGAAGAGACAGUGUGUCACAAUGCAGUGCAGGCGCAGCCAGUCCUGCCUGAGUGCGAAGGGGAGCCACCCGAGAAGGAGAAUGAGGAGACAAGGGCCAAGAAUGAGAAACUUGUGGCAGGAACAGCCUCUUGUGAAAGGGUGGAAUCACCAAGGAAAACAUCAGAAUCCAUCAAGGCCCACUGUGAAGAUCCACCCUUGGAAAGGCAGCCUGCCUCACCCAAGGAGAAGCCUGGCGGCAGAUGCUCAGAAGCUAAGGAGGGAGUUUCCCACCACUCAGACCUGACUGAACAUGAAAGGCCACACACAGGAGAAAAGCUUCGUGAAUCUGUGCUGUGUUUUAGCUCUGCUCCUGCCAGACAUCAGGAAGCCCUUGCUAGAGAAAAAGGUCAUCCCUGCAAGGAAUGUGGGAAAGUCUUUCAGAGGAGUUCACACCUCAUCCGACAUCAGAAAAUCCAUCUUGGUGAGAAACCUUAUGAGUGCAAAGAAUGUGGGAAAGUCUUUAGUCAGAAUGCAGGCCUUUUGGAGCAUCUCAGAAUCCAUACUGGAGAAAAACCUUACCUAUGUAUCCAUUGUGGAAAGAACUUUAGGCGGAGCUCUCACCUUAAUCGACACCAAAGAAUUCAUAGUCAGGAGGAACCCUGUGAGUGCAAGGAGUGUGGAAAAACCUUCAGUCAGGCCCUACUCCUCACCCAUCAUCAGAGAAUCCACAGUCACUCCAAAAGCCAUCGGUGUAAUGAGUGUGGGAAAGCCUUCAGUUUGACUUCUGACCUUAUUCGACAUCACAGGAUUCACACGGGAGAAAAACCUUUCAAAUGUAAAGUAUGCCAGAAAGCCUUCCGUCUAAAUUCACACCUUGAUCAGCACCUAAGAAUCCACAAUGAAGAAAAACUCUACCAGUGUAGUGAAUGUGGAGAAGCGUUUAGACAAAAGUCAGGUCUCUUUCAGCAUCAGAGACAUCACCACAAAGGCAAACUAGCUUGAUGAGUUCUCUCCUUGUGAGACAUUGGAAAGGUACAUUGACAGGGAAGGAGUGCUUUAAAAUAAGUCAUUCUAGCCAAAUCUGAGAUCAGAAUUCUUGGAAGCCACUUGCCUCCAUUGCUUCUCUCUCCUUUUCUUACUUGAAGCCAUAGUCAGACUACAGUCGCCAUAGAUAAUACUGUGGGAUCAAAGUUAAAUAUGUUCUUCACUACAGAGUUUCUCAAAUCAAGUGUCCACAGAUUUACACAGAACAAAGGCAGAUUGAUAUGUUUGCAAGUGCUAUAGCAAUAGGCCCCUAUAAUAUAAAACUAAUGAGGGCUGGAUAGGUGGCUUAAUGGUUACAGUGUUUGCUAUGCAAGCUUGAGGACUAGAGUUUGGACCCACCAGCACCCACAUAAUUGCCAGGUGGGUGUGGCUGCCCAGCUGCAGUCCCAUUUCUCAGGAGGCAGAGACAGGAUCUCCAGAGCAAAUUGGUUAGCCAAACUAGUAAUAUCAGCAAACUCUAGGUUCAGGUGGGAAACCCUGCCUCAAUAUAUUAGAUGGAGAGCAAUUGAGAGACUCUUGACAUUGAACUCAUCCUCCACACAUACACAUACAUUCGUCCACACAUGAACACAUACACCACACAGACAUGGGGGAAAGAGGAGGUGGGGAGGCUGGAGAGAUGGCUCAGCAUCUGCUGUUCUUACAGAGGACCCAAUUUUGGUCCCCAGCACCCACAUGACAGGUCACACUGCCUGUAACUCCCGUUCUAGGAGAUCUAAUGCCCUCUUCUGGUCUCCAUGGACUCCUGCAUGCAUGUGGUGCACAUAAACUCACAUAGACACCAAACACAGAUAAUUUUUUUUAAUUUUUAAAAAAACUAAUGGUGUUUCAAAUAAACCAUUUUUGAAAGUGUCUAACAGUGUAAGUUAACAGUGACCAUUUUCCCCCUGGCUUCAUGGUUCCACACCCUGGCUUCAUAUCUACUUUACCAUGGAUGGAAGCAUGGGCUAUCAGUGGAUGCAUUUUAGAAAGCAAAGAUGAUCUUUUGCUCCUUAACCAUGGACCCUGCUCCCAGGAUUGAUCAACUCCUGUGAUUUUUCAUCUCCCACCCUGUUGCAACCACAGUGUCACAGUCUCAAGUUAUAAAUCAAGCCUUUCCUCCACAAAGUCAUUCGAAUGACUGUCCUGAAUUAAUCCAAGCAGUAACUCUUACUUGGCAUCUCCCAGUGCUGGUACAAUGACCGCUUCAAACAUUGUUUAAUGAAUGUCCAGUGAAAGAAACUGGGCCUUUUCAUUUUAAUAACAAUGAUGCAAUUUUAAAUGUUUUGAUUUUGAUCAUUAAACAAUAAAAUCAACUUGGA